AUGUUGCAUGAGUAUCUCACUUCCACAUUCGUAUCUUGUUAUAUUCCCCAGUUAGAGAGUGGAGGAAUUGCGAUGAGGAAUAGGGAUUUGAUACGAGGAGAUGCGGCAGAUCAAUUAUGCGAAGAUAACGGGGUAUCUUCCAAAAGUAGUAGAAUUAGACUGGUCCUUUUCGCCAGACUUAUCCCUCAUAAGAUAGGGACUGGUUGGAGUAUUCUCUAUUUAUUACGUUGUGCUUUGUUGAUUUUCGUGGGGCGUUGCAUGAUUAGUGUGCGUUGGGUUAAGCAUUUUGACAGGAGAGAAGGAAUUUUUCGGAGGACCGGUCCGAGACUAAAAAAUUGA